GAGGGCGAGGAGGAGCCAGAGCCCGGUCCUUGCACCCAUUCUCGCCCUCGUACCCCGCCGCCAUCUCCACCAUGCAGUCCCGGGAAGAAGCUCCGCGCUCUCGCCGCCUGGCCAGUCCCCGCGGCGGCAAGCGGCCCAAGAGGAUCCACAAGCCCACGGUUUCGGCUUUUUUCACGGGCCCGGAGGAGCUGAAGGACACGGCUCAUUCUGCAGCCCUCCUGGCACAGCUGAAGUCCUUCUACGACGCGCGGCUGUUAUGUGAUGUGACCAUCGAGGUGGUGACGCCUGGUAGCGGCCCUGGGACCGGCCGCCUCUUCCCCUGCAACCGGAACGUGCUGGCUGCCGCGUGUCCCUACUUCAAGAGCAUGUUCACCGGUGGCAUGUAUGAGAGCCACCAGGCGAAUGUGACCAUGCAUGAUGUGGAUGCCGAGUCCUUCGAGGUGCUGGUCGACUACUGCUACACUGGUCGAGUGUCCUUGAGUGAAGCCAACGUGGAGCGCCUUUACGCGGCCUCUGACAUGUUACAGCUCGAGUACGUACGGGAAGCCUGUGCCUCCUUCCUAGCCCGCCGCCUUGACCUGGCCAACUGCACCGCCAUUUUCAAGUUCGCCGACGCCUUCGGCCACCGCAAGCUGCGAUCGCAGGCCCAGUCCUUUAUAGCCCACAAUUUCAAGCAGCUCAGCCAGAUGGGCUCGAUUCGGGAAGAGACUCUGGCAGAUCUGACCCUCGCCCAGUUGCUGUCCAUCCUGCGCCUGGAUAGUCUCAACAUAGAGCUGGAGCAGACCGUGUGUCAUGUGGCGGUGCAGUGGUUGGAGGCGGCUCCCAAGGAGCGGGGCCCCAGCGCUGCGGAAGUCUUCAAGUGUGUCCGCUGGACGCACUUCACCGAUGAAAAUAAGGAUUACCUGGAAGGGCUGCUGACCAACACCAUCGUGAAGAAGUACUGUCUGGACCUUAUUGAAGGGGCCCUGCAGAUGCGCUACGGUGACAAGUUGUGCAAGUCCCUGGUGCCGAAGCCAGAGACCAGCAGCGGCAGCGGCGGCGCCAGCAGCACCUGCAGCACCAGCAGUGGUGGCGGCGGCAGCAGCAGCGCCUCUGUGGUGCCCACAGCAGAGAAUCCCCCCCAGCGGCUGGGCGUGUGCGCUAAGAAGAUGGUGAUCUUCUUUGGCCAUCCCAGAGAUCCCUUCCUGUGCUGUGACCCGUACACCGGCGAUAUUUACAAAGUGCCGUCGCCUCUGACCUGCCUGGCUCACACGAGGACUGUCACCACCUUAGCUGUCUGUGUCUCUCCAGACCACGACAUCUACCUGGCCGCUCAGCCCAGGAAGGACCUGUGGGUGUACAAGCCAGCCCAGAACAGCUGGCAGCAGCUUGCCGACCGCCUGCUGUGUCGGGAGGGCAUGGAUGUGGCCUACCUCAAUGGCUACAUCUACAUUUUGGGUGGGCGAGACCCGAUUACCGGCGUGAAACUGAAGGAGGUAGAAUGCUACAGUGUCCAGAGAAACCAGUGGGCACUGGUGGCCCCACUACCCCAUUCCUUCAUAUCCUUCGAUCUGAUGGUAAUUCAGAACUAUCUGUAUGCCCUCAAUAGUAAGCGCAUGUUCUGCUAUGAUCCGAGCCACAACAUGUGGCUCAAGUGUGUUUCUCUCAAGCGCAAUGACUUUCAGGAAGCCUGUGUCUUCAAUGAUGAGAUCUACUGCAUCUGCGACAUCCCAGUCAUGAAGGUCUACAAUCCAGUCAGAGGAGAAUGGAGGCAGAUUAAUAAUAUCCCAUUGGUGUCGGAGACCAACAACUACCGCAUUAUCAAUCACGGCCAAAAACUGUUGCUGAUCACCUCGCGCACCCCGCAGUGGAAGAAGAACCGGGUGACGGUGUAUGAGUAUGACACUAGGGGAGACCAGUGGAUUAACAUAGGUACCACCUUAGGCCUCUUCCAGUUUGAUUCUAACUUCUUUUGCCUCUCAGCUCGUGUGUAUCCUUCCUGCCUUGAACCUGGUCACAGUUUCCUCACUGAGGAAGAAGAUGUGCCGAGCGAAUCUAGCACCGAAUGGGAUUUAGGUGGAUUCAGUGAGCUGGACUCGGAGUCAGGAAGUUCAAGUUCUUUAUCUGAUGAUGAUUUGUGGGUUCAGGUGGCACCUCAGUGAAAUGCACAGGAUCAGCAGAAUUUGUUGUAGAUAGGUUGAAACACUAAGGUGUUUUUACUGCUUUGGAAAGUGUCUUAAAGAGAUACCCUUUCUCUUUGCUGGGAGGAAAAAAAAACAACAACAGGUUGAUACAAUUUCAGGUUUGGUUUAGAAAGGGUAUUGUUUGAAAUACUAACAUAAUUUAAUGUUAGGGAAUUUAUACACUCAAAGAAAUCAACCUAUUUAAUAAUUUACUGUUCUAAAAGUCCAGUAUUGAUUUGAUUGUUGGGUAUGUUUCUGUUUGAUUAUACUAAUUUAGUCUUCUGUUAUUAAAUCUUAUAUUCUGUUUUGUGCCACAAGUACUGUGACUU